AAUAACACGUCUAUAAUGUCCUUUACUGGCAUCCGUAGAAACGACGAGGAAUGUGAUGACGUAAUAUGUGCGUGACUGUUGAAGUCCGCUUGUAGUCCACUCUCUUGCUUCUCCGUCAGGAUGGGGACCCAGGUUAAAGACGUGGUCAUUAAACCUGAUGCACCACACACGCUCCUCCUAGACAAGCAUGCAGACUAUAUUGCAGCCUAUGGCUCCAAGAAGGAUGACUAUGAGUACACGCUGUCAGAGUACUUGAGAAUGAGUGGCAUCUACUGGGGCCUGACAGUAAUGGACCUGAUGGGUCAACUGUCCCGAAUGAACCGCGAGGAGAUCAUAGAGUUCAUCAAGUCCUGUCAGCACGACUGUGGAGGCAUCAGCGCCAGCACUGGCCAUGACCCUCACCUCCUCUACACCCUCAGUGCUGUACAGAUCCUGUCCUUGUAUGACAGCAUUAAUGCCAUUGAUGUGGACAAAGUGGUUGACUAUGUUAAAGGACUGCAGCAAGAGGAUGGCUCAUUCGCAGGAGACAAAUGGGGAGAAAUAGAUACACGGUUUUCCUUUUGUGCGGUUGCAACAUUGGCACUACUGGGCAAGUUGGAUGUGAUCAACAUGGACAAGGCCGUGGGGUUUGUGCUGUCCUGUAUGAACUUUGAUGGUGGGUUUGGUUGUAGGCCUGGUUCAGAGUCCCAUGCUGGUCAGAUUUACUGCUGCACAGGUUUCUUGUCGAUCACUGGGCAGCUUCAUCAAGUAAAUGCAGAUCUUUUGGGUUGGUGGCUCUGUGAAAGACAGUUACCAUCAGGAGGCUUGAAUGGAAGGCCAGAGAAGCUGCCUGAUGUCUGCUAUUCCUGGUGGGUUCUUGCCUCUUUGAAGAUCAUUGGCAGAAUUCACUGGAUUGACAAAGCAAAGCUGUGCAGUUUUAUUCUUGCUUGCCAGGAUGAAGAGACUGGAGGCUUCGCUGAUAGGCCUGGAGACGUGGUGGAUCCUUUCCACACUCUGUUUGGUGUGGCUGGUCUGUCUUUGCUGGGAGAUGAGCAGAUCAAACCAGUAAACCCUGUGUUUUGCAUGCCUGAGGAUGUGCUUCAGAGGAUUGGCCUCCAACCAGACUUGCUGAACUGAGUUUACAUUUUCAGCAUGGCCAUUUUCCUCUUCUCCUACCCCUCCACAGCCAGCAAACCGUGGAAAGCUGUCAUCUUCAACUAAUGAUUGGCACACCGUUUAGAGGGACCAAGGACUUUAAAAAGACCCUUAACGUUGUGUGCAUUUUUUGGGGGAAAUUGUUCUCAUCAUCAUUUAGGCACAGUGUUACAAUGCUUGCUUUUGUUAGUGGGCUUUCUUUAUUUAAAGAUACGGUUCGAAGAGGGAUAACUGCUAUUUACAGCUUUCACUGUGUAUUAAAACAUAACUUUUUAUUUUUAUGAUUAAUUCAGCAGGUUACUUUUCGUUGUGUCAAUAAAGAGUGUUUAUUCAUUGAGGGGAGAGGUCACUCACUCCUCUCUGAUGGCUUUUCCAAAGUGAGUAUUUAAAUGUUACAUCAUACUUUAAACAUCAUAAAUAUGGAUUUUAUGCAUGAGAUAUUUUUUUUAUGUACAAAUUCUCUUACUGUCCUUCGUUCACAUCACUUGUCAAUGUUUUAUUGGUCCUUACAUCUCUAAAGCAUUCAUAACUAUUGUGUAACCAUUUUAAAAGUCAUGCUUUCUUUGCGAUUGCUGUUAUUUUUAAGGAUAAUAGGUGUGAUAGGUUAAUUCUGUUGCGGUGUGAAUGAAUUCUCUCUCUUUGGCAUUGCUGCCAGUGAGAUGCCGGUUAUGUGGGAUGGAAUAAACAUGACUUUAAUAUAAAAAAA